UAAUGAUAUCAAAUGGAGACAUUAGCACUGAUGAGAUACAGAGAAAGUGUGACGAAAAGAAGAUAAACAUACGUCACUAUGGAGACGGAACUUACGGUGUUUCACUGGAUGAGACUGUCAUUGGUAGUGAUUUGAUUGACUUACUGUAUGUGUUUGGAGCUAAUGAAGAAGAGGCUGCUAGUGUCCUGUACAGUGUAUCUGAUGCUGAUUCUAAUGUCAGUAUUACUGGUAGUGGCCAUGAGAGGGAAACACCUUAUCUCACUCAUCCUGUCUUUAACAGUUAUCAUUCAGAGACUAAGUUGUUACGUUACAUGAAGGAGCUUGAGAACAGAGACCUCUCACUCUGUCACUCUAUGAUACCACUGGGUUCCUGUACUAUGAAACUCAACCCGACCAGUGCUCUACUCCCAGUCUCCCUGCCUCAAUUCAAUACCAUUCAUCCUUACGUACCCAGUAACCAGACUACUGGAUACCAGAGUCUCAUUGAUGAGUUGGAGUCUCAUUUGUGUAGUAUCACUGGGUAUGAUAAGUUCUCCUUCCAGCCCAACAGUGGGGCCCAGGGGGAAUACGCUGGACUCUGUGCUAUACUGGCCUAUCUGAGGGAUAAAGGGGAGGGGCAGAGAGAUAUAUGUCUGAUACCAGCCUCAGCUCAUGGUACUAACCCAGCCAGUGCUAUAAUGGCUGGUCUUAAAGUGGUGGAGAUACCAAUGAACAAAGAAGGAGAAGUGACUAAGGACUCUUUUAAACAAAAAGUAAGAGAAAGGGAUGGAGCAAAAUGGGACUAG